GUGGGGUUGAUUACGAGAAGGUCUGAAUUAAGCAGGUUAUGGAAAACGUAACAUCAGUGACGGACAGAUUCGCCCAAAGAGAAUAAACAGACCCACUGAGUAAGCACUAUAUUGGAAAAGGAUGGCGUCCCCUUCACCCCAUGACCGCAGCCGUAAAGACGAUGAUGAGGAUGACCCUGUUGAACAGAUGAUCUCCCGCACUGGCUGUGCUGAGCUGCACUAUGCUGUGCAGGAGUGCAUGGCUGAACACCAGGACUGGCGUGUGUGCAAGAGCCAGGUGCAGACGUUCAAAGACUGCAUGAUGAAUUUCCAAAUUGCACGGAAGGAACAGCUUAUGAAGCAGCGGCAGCAGCAGCCAGCCUCCACUGAGUCUGCACCCAGCUGAACUCACAUCACCCCCUGAAAAGACUGUACAGAACUUAAUUAUUGUUCAAAAAAUAAAGUAUGAUCAGCUACAAAAAAAUCUUGAUUGGACUUUUAAGUGUGUGUGUGUGUGUGUGUGUGUGUGUGUGUGUGUGUGUGUGUGUGUGUGUGUGUGUGUGUGU